AUGGCACCCCCAGAAAUACCUGUGGAUAUCUUCACGAGCUCAGGCAAAGUGUCGACAUUUAACAAUAACACAGGCUAUGCAAGGAGAGCUUAUGUCACAUUUUUAGCUGGUAAUGGUGACUACGUGAAAGGAGUGGUUGGAUUGGCUAAAGGUUUGAGAAAGGUGAAGAGUGCUUACCCUCUUGUGGUGGCCAUCUUACCAGAUGUCCCCGAAGAACAUCGCAAAAUCUUGAGGUCACAAGGUUGCAUUGUCCGUGAAAUUGAACCCGUAUAUCCACCAGAAAACCAGAUUGAGUUUGCGAUGGCUUACUAUGUCAUCAAUUACUCAAAGCUUCGCAUAUGGAAUUUUGAGGAGUACAGCAAGAUGAUAUACCUGGACGCAGACAUUCAAGUCUAUCACAACAUUGACCACCUGUUUGAUACCCCCGAUGGAUACUUUUACGCAGUGAUGGACUGCUUCUGCGAGAAAACAUGGAGUCACUCCCCACAGUACUCCAUCGGAUAUUGUCAACAGUGCCCAGAUAAAGUUACUUGGCCAGCUGAAAUGGGUUCACCCCCUCCUUUGUACUUCAACGCCGGCAUGUUUGUGUUUGAGCCUAGCCAACUAACCUAUGAAAAUCUGCUAGAAACUCUUCGAAUUACUCCACCAACACCUUUUGCAGAGCAGGAUUUCUUGAACAUGUUCUUCCAAAACAUCUAUAAACCCAUCCCACUGGUGUACAACUUGGUAUUAGCAAUGCUUUGGCGCCAUCCUGAGAAUAUCGAACUUGAGAAAGUCAGAGUGGUUCACUACUGUGCAGCUGGAUCAAAACCAUGGAGGUACACAGGCAAAGAAGCUAACAUGGACAGGGAAGAUAUCAAGACAUUAGUGGAGAAAUGGUGGGACAUCUACAACGACGCCUCACUGGACUUCAAACCCAAUGAUCCUGCUCCAGAAGAAGAAACCUUCUCCAGAACAACAGUCAAGGUUUCCAUGCUCGAGCCGACAGCAAUAUCCUACAUCCCAGCUCCUUCAGCAGCUUAA